AUGGAUUCGUUUCGGGUUCGCUUGAACUGUAUCGACUAUUACCAGAGUGUGCCAGUCGAUGAGUUCGAUCCUCCUGUCCCACGAGCGGAUGCCAUUCAGAAUGCCAAAGAUCGCCCGCGAGUCUCAGUGCUCCGCGUGUUCGGUGCCACCGAAACUGGUCAGAGGGUGCUCCUGCAUAUUCAUGGAGCAUUUCAGUACACAUACGUCGAGUAUUGCGGUAGCCUACAACCUGCAGAUGUUGAGGUGGCAAUCCGGAAUCUUCACCUCUCUAUCGAUCAUGCCUUAGCGGUGAGCUAUAGGAAGGACAUCUACACGGGCAAGCAUCGCUACGUCGCACACAUCUCCUUGGUCAAAGGCGUCCCGUUCUAUGGCUACCAUGUUGGCUACAAAUUCUAUCUCAAGAUAUACCUGCUCAACCCGCUCCACAUGACAAGACUGGCCGAUCUCAUGCGUGACGGAGCGAUCAUGAAGCGCGUCUUACAGCCAUACGAAAGCCACAUGCAGUACAUUGCCCAAUGGAUGUGUGACUACAACUUGUAUGGGUGUGGAUACAUCGACUGCGCAAAGGUCAAGUUUAGAGCACCAGUCCCCGGCUAUUACGAGGUUGAUAGUGAUUUGCACCAGUGGCAUGACCGUUCAAUUCUGCCUGAGAACAUCUCUGAUGAGUUCGCGUUGCCGAAGCAAAGUCAUUGUGCACUUGAGGUUGAUCUAUGUGUCCAAGACAUCCUGAAUCGCCGCGAUGUGGAACCUCGGUCCCUGCACCACGACUUUGUCGAGCGUCUCAAACCCAUCCCGUUAGAUGCUAAGCUGGUGCAAAGUAUGGCUGGUCUUUGGAAGGAUGAAACGCGGCGGCGAAAGGCACGACUGGGCUUGAAAGACCCGAACAGCAGCCCAUUUCCUCCAGAGGUUCUCGUGACCAUGUCAGCCGAUCCACGCGAGACCGAAGCAGGCGGUUGGAUUCACGAACAGGAAUAUCGAUACAAGAUCGAGCAGCUUGUUGCAGGCGAGACUGCGAAGGCGAAUCAGCAGAAUUUACAUUUCGACAGCUAUCUCAAGCCUGUGCCACUCGAGAGAACCGUGAAAACGGCUCUGGACAGUGUUGAAGACCUAUAUCCACUCAACAUGUCACGAACAUCGACGGCAAGUCAAGCCAACGAGACUGCCGACGCAGGGCAAGUCAUAGUAGACGAAGACGUGAUUCAGGGUAUGAGCAAGCCAGAACAUUCGAGUGAGGAACAACAUCAAUCUGGCGAGAGGCUCGAAUCUAAGACACCACCAGCAAAGCAACCAUAUGCCGAUGACGGGGAUUCAAUUGCGGGCCAUGAGAUUGCUGAUGCUCCUAUCUCUUCUACUGAAUAUGACAAGUAUGGCGUACACAAUGCUGGCGAUGCUUAUAGCUCCGGGGAUGAGGAUUUCGAAAUCCCUCCUGAGUUCACCGACAUGUGGGCAAGGAAAGCGAAUAAGAGGACUCGCUUUGCUCCUAUGCCAAAGGCAAGGAAGCGGCGGCGAGUUCUCGUCGAUGAGGAUAAUCUUCUUCCUCAAAUCUCAUCAGACAACGAAGAUGACCCGUUUAAUGACAGCGGCAUUGACGAGGGUUCCAAUGGCCAACCAGAAGGUCGGAAUCCCAACAAUAGCGUACAGCACAUUCUGUCCAAGCACAGUCAAGAUCCAAAAACUCUCGAAAGGCGAAGCAGCGCCUUACUGAAGGGAUCUCAGAGCUCACAGAACUCUACGCUGCACUUUCCCGUUGUCAAGCACCCGCAAGAUCCCUCUCGGCUCAGCCAGGCCAGCGACCAGUCACAAAAGUUGUCGGAUGGUCGACCUGUAUGCGAAAAGGAAGUUACACCAAGCGCGAAGACACCUGCAAGGACGGGCUCGCCUGUCUCAACGAAAAAGCCGGGCUCCGAGGCCACCUUCAGGCCGUCGCUCACAGUGGAACCGAGCCGUGCCAGCAUGCGUGAGCUCCAUAAGCUCCAGCAUCAGAACGCACUCCUGGUCUACCACACGCGGCCGCCCAGGGUUGCCUUUGUGACUUCUACAAUGCGACGCGAAGGACUGCCCGAUCAAAUUUACCAGGAGGCAUAUUAUAAAAAGGAGGAGGAUGUACCAGACCAGGCUCGCGAGUAUGCGGGCCGUGAGUUCAAGCUCGAGAGCUCAACCAUUCCGUAUCUCCCUGAUUUUGAUGCUUCUGGCACUUCACUAGCAACUCUUGGCCGCAAGAACCCAGUAAUGCUUGACCGAAACACAGAAGAAAUCAGCGAUAACCAGCGACGCAAGCGUUGCAGCUAUAUGUUUUGGUCUAUAGCAGAGCCACCACCUCGACCAAGUGAUGUGACUGCCUGGCUCGAUUUGGGAAAGCCAGCAGAGAAGGUCCUUCCGACAAACGCUGCCACUGGUCAGACACCGGGCUCACCUCGAUUAAUGCGCUCCCAGAUAGACGUGCCCACUCAGAAGAAUAAGCAUGGCUUCAAAUACUCGGGAAAGCAGUCGUCUACAUCCGUUCAACACGCAACCCAAUACAUGUCUACCAUGUCUCUCGAAGUCCACGUCAACACACGCGGCUCUCUUGCACCCAAUCCGGAGCAUGAUGAAGUCGCUUGUGUCUUUUGGUGCGUGCAGAACGAUGAUGCCGAGGACUUCGAACCUAAUGUUCCUGGCAAGAACAACUUGAGGAUGGGCAUACUGGCUCUAGCUGAGGAUGAACGCUCCGCCAAGCAGCUCUCCCGGACCGCAAGCUCGCUUAACGAGAUUGAUAUUGAGACCGAGACGAACGAGCUCGAUUUGCUCACCAGGCUUGUCGAUAUCGUACGCAAAUACGACCCUGACAUACUCACCGGAUUCGAGGUGCACAACUCUUCUUGGGGUUAUGUUAUCGAACGUGGUCGCGUCAAGUACGACAUGAACUUAUGCGAUGAGAUCUCUCGCAUGAAAUCCCAGAGCCACGGCCGUUUCGGUAAGGAUGAGGACCGAUGGGGAUUCAACCACGCAUCCACGAUUAGAGUGACUGGCAGACAUACCAUCAAUAUUUGGCGCGCCAUGAAGGGUGAGCUGAACCUCUUGCAGUAUACGCUUGAGAACAUAACAUUUCAUCUUCUCCAGAAGAGGGUACCCCACUACGGCUUCAGAGAUUUGACUGCCUGGUACAAAUCGAAGGUGCCGCGGGAGCGCGCACGAGUGCUGCAAUACUUUUGUGAGCGCGUGCGCAUCGACCUCGAGAUUCUCGAGGCAAACGAGUUAGUAGCACGGACGAGCGAGCAGGCUCGUCUUCUCGGCGUCGACUGGUACUCAGUGAUCUCUCGUGGCAGCCAGUUCAAAGUUGAAUCGCUGAUGUUUCGCAUUGCAAAGCCUGAGAAUUUGCUGCUGCCCAGUCCAAGUCGCCGGCAGGUAGGCGGUCAGAAUGCGCUGGAGUGUCUCCCACUCGUCAUGGAACCCAUGAGCGACUUCUACAGCAGUCCACUGUUAGUCCUCGAUUUUCAGAGUUUGUACCCUUCUGUUAUGAUUGCGUACAACUAUUGUUAUUCGACGUUCCUUGGACGUGUGGUAAAUUGGCGUGGAACCAACAAGAUGGGCUUUACCAAUUAUGAGCGACAAGAAGGGCUCUUGGGCCUCUUGAAAGAUUACGUGAACAUCUCGCCGAACGGAAUCAUGUACGUCAAAAAGGAAGUUCGCAAGAGUCUUCUCGCGAAAAUGUUGAGUGAGAUUCUUGAAACCAGAGUCAUGGUGAAGAGCGGCAUGAAGGUCGACAAAGACGACAAGGCGUUGCAGCGACUGCUCAACAAUCGGCAGCUGGCACUGAAGUUGAUCGCAAACGUUACCUACGGUUACACGUCAGCUAGCUUCUCUGGACGAAUGCCGUGCAGCGAGAUCGCGGAUAGUAUUGUUCAAACGGGCCGAGAGACGCUUGAAAAGGCGAUCGCGGUGAUUCAUGCGACGGAGAAAUGGGGCGCCGAGGUCGUGUAUGGCGAUACAGACAGCCUAUUCGUUUAUCUGAAAGGUCGGACGAGAGAGCAGGCGUUCGAUAUCGGCGAGGAUAUCGCGGAGACAAUCACUCGAAUGAACCCGCGCCCGGUGAAGCUGAAGUUCGAAAAGGUUUAUCAUCCGUGCGUGCUCCUAGCGAAGAAGCGGUACGUUGGCUUCAAGUACGAAAGCCGGAACCAGACGGUGCCGGAGUUUGACGCGAAAGGCAUCGAGACGGUGAGACGGGAUGGGACGCCAGCGGAGCAGAAGAUUGAGGAGAUGGCGCUCAAAGUGUUGUUCCGAACUGCGGAUCUCAGCAAGGUAAAGGAUUUCUUUCAAACACAGUGUGCAAAGAUUAUGCGUGGCAAGGUGUCGAUCCAAGACUUUUGCUUCGCAAGAGAGGUCAAGUUGGGAACCUACAGUGACAAAGGCCCGCCGCCACCAGGAGCACUAAUUAGCGCCAGAAGAAUGGUUGAGGACCCACGCCUCGAGCCGCAGUACGGUGAAAGGGUGCCUUAUGUGGUGGUAACGGGUGGACCAGGAGCAAGACUCAUCGACCGAUGUGUUGCACCAGAUGUGUUGCUCAACGAUGCUCACUCCGAGCUGGACGCCGAGUACUACAUCUCCAAGAACCUCAUCCCACCAUUAGAGCGCAUUUUCAACCUGGUUGGUGCAAAUGUUCGGCAGUGGUACGAUGAGAUGCCGAAGUAUCAGCGCAUUCGACGUAUCGAGGCGGGCAUGACGAAUGAUGGCAGGGAGAUGGGCAUGUCGAAGAAGACUCUCGAAAGCUACAUGAAGUCGUCGACUUGUCUGGUCUGCCGCGGGAGCCUGGACUCGGAAGUACCCAUUUGCAGCAGCUGCGUUGAGCAAGCACCUCAAAGCCUCCUGCUGCUGAAGUCGCGGGUGGUCAGGGCGGAGAGGAAAGUGGAGGGGCUCCUGAAGAUAUGUCGCAGUUGUGAAGGAGUGGGAUGGAACGAGGAGGUAAGGUGCGACAGCAAGGAUUGUCCAGUCUUCUAUUCGAGGACGAGGGCAAGGGCGGCGCUGCGGAACGAGGGGGUGAUGCUGGCUCCCGUGAUGGAAUUGCUGCAGGAAAUUGAAGGCGAAGGCAUUGAGUGGUGA